AUGCAUUUACCGAAACAGUGGUCUAGGAGUAGUAAAAGAAUUUUGGAAAUUACAAAUGAGCAUCUUCAAAAGUACGCGUAUUUAUUAAAGUGGAGAAACAAUGCAUCGAUUUUAGAAUGUGGAAUUGCUACAGGGGAAAACUCACUAAAAAGUAUUGUUCCUAUUCUUCCACAAGAUUACAAGGAAUUUGUUGCUACUGAUAAAUCAAAAAUAAUGCUUGAGUAUGCUAAGAACGUUAUCAAUAUACCAAGAUCUACUGUUUGUGAAUUUGAUGUAAACGUGAGACAUCCACCUCUAAACAUGGAGAAUAGAUUUGAUCAUAUUUUUGGAUUUUUCCUUAUUCAUAUGACCGAUAAUCCAAGGCAAGCGUUUAGAAACUUUCACACGAUGCUUAAACCAGGAGGUUCAAUCUUUCUGAAUUUUUAUGAACGCCUGCCAGUAGAUAUAAUGUUUCAUAAUUUAAGAUCUCAUCCAAAAUGGGGCAAAUACCAUCAGGAAGAUGCUAUUUCAGUUUAUUAUUAUACAGAAAAUCCGAAAGAGGAAUACAGAAAAGAUAUAGAAGCAGCUGGAUUUAAGAACUACGUUUACAAUAACGAAAUUAAUCGUCAUGUAUUUAAUUCUGAAGAAGAAUUUAAAGAUCUUUAUACAUCUGUAAAUCCAAUUCUGCAUUACAUGCCCAAAGACGAAUAUGAUGAAUAUAUUGAAGAUUACAUACAAUAUACUCCAAAUUUUUCUAUAACUUACGAAGAUGGAAAACGAAUAAUUUCAACCGAUUAUAAGAUGCAAGCGUUUAGAAACUUCCACACGAUGCUUAAACCAGGAGGUUCAGUAUUUCUUAAUUUUUUUGAACGUAUUCCAGUAGAUGGAAUGUUCCACAAUUUAAGAUCUCACCCAAAAUGGGGAAAGUACCGUCAGGAAGAUGCCAUCUCAGUAUAUUAUUAUACUCAAAAUCCGAAAGAGGAAUAUAGAAAAGACAUAGAAGCAGCUGGAUUUAAAAACUAUGUUUACAAUAACGAAAUUCAAUGUCACGUGUUGGAGUCCGAAGAAGAAUGUCGAGCCACUCAAGCUCAUCUAAAAAAGUACGGACCUCUGAUCAACUGGAAAGAAAAUGCGUCCAUAAUGGAAUGUGGAUUCGGCACUGGACACAGUUCGCAGCAAACGCUGGGCGUUAUUCUUCCAAAGGAUUACAAGGAAUUUGUCGCGACUGACGUAUCGCCGGAUAUGGUGGAAUAUGCCAAAAAGAACGUAAAUAUACCCAGGGCAAAGUUUUUACAGUUCGACGUUGGUGCAAAGCAUGUGCCUGUAGACUUUGAAGAGAGAUUUGAUCACAUUUUUGGAAUUUCUCUAAUGCAUCUUGUUAGUAGUCCAAGACAAGGUUUUGAAAAUAUCAAGAAAAUGUUAAAACCUGGCGGAUCGGUUUUUCUCACGUUUUUCAAACAUACACCAGUUGACUAUUCAUUUCACAAAAUGAGACACCAUCCGAAAUUUAGAAAAUAUAACCAAGAACGAAUGGUUUCUACUUACUACUACACGGAAAGUCCAAGGGAAGAGUACAGAAAGGAUAUAGAUGCAGCAGGAUUCAAGGAUUAUAUUUAUACUGUCGAGAAAGAGUCGUAUGUAUUUCCGAAUAUUAAAGAAAGUGAAGAUAUAAAUCUUGCUGCAAAUUUGACAAUUCAAGAUAUACCUGAGGAAGAAUUGGAGGAAUAUAAAAAAUUGUUUCUGGAACAAAGAAAAGGAGAUCCAAUGUAUCGUUUUGAGCGUAUUGAUGGGAAGAAAACGAUUACUUUAAGUCAUGAAAUGAAUAUUUUUAUGGCAACAAAAGAAUAA